AUGUCAAAUGGAUCUCCAACCGAGCUAUUUAAUGGCCUUGGCUCGGAUAUACCCAAUCAGCCACCCCACUCAACACCGGUAUCCUCUGGUUCGGGCGCUGUCGACUCACGGACGCCUCCGAACACUGUGCAGGCGGCUUGCCUUGCUUGUAGGGCAAAACAUUUGAAAUGCGAUGGGAAAAACCCAUGCGGGCGAUGCCAAACAUCUGAUUCCGGUGAAUGUGUCUACGUAGCUUCUCGUCGUGGUUACAAAGGCCCCAGGAGAAACGCAGCUCCAAAUCCAAACAAGCGACAUGCAUCUGAUUCUGAAUCUCCGCCCUCCGCUGGUGGCGAUAGCUGUCCGAUGCUCCUGGGUGCAACGGUUUCGUCCGCUGCGCCCCCGAGCCUACCGACUUUUAAUCCGGGCCUGGUACUUCCUGAAUCCCCCGCUACGCCUUAUACCCCUUCUGGUAUAAAUAGCCUUCAACUCUACAGAACUCCUUACCUCAACGGUACGAAUGGCGCCCUGGUCGAAGCAAAUUCCCGACCCCAAACCGUCCCGGAGCGGUGUAUCGACGCUUUUUAUUACUACUUUUACCCCGGCCAUCCGGCUGUUUUACCAAAGGAACAACUGCUGAAGACCGCAAAGGAUGGGAAAAUCGAUCACUUACUAGCGGCCAUGAGAUGGGUUGGGUCGUUGUACAUCGAUGCCGGCCCGGCUCGCGCUACAUUUUUCGAAGAGGCCAUGCGUUUGUCUUACUCUCGGGACGUCCCUAAAGACGGAUACCUAGUGCAAGCCAUGGUCAUAAUUCUCAUAGGACUGGAUGGCAGUUGCCAACAGGAAAAAGCACGUGAGAUCCUAUCCGACGUCGAGCGGAUCGCCAUAGAAAUCGGCCUAUAUACUAGAGCCUUUGCGACGAACCACGGUGGUGCCAUCCCGAGGCUGGAAGAGAGCUGGCGACGAACGUGGUGGGAUUUGUUCGUGGUGGACGGAAUGGUCGCUGGCGUACAUCGUCAGACGAACUUUCUCCUCUUCGACAUCGUAGCCGACGUGGGUCUACCAUGCGAGGAGCACGAAUACACGUCAGGAAUGAUUCCACGUCCAAUGUUCCUGGAGGAUUUUGAUGAUCAGCUUUUCUCUGGAAUAGAUCGAGAAUUCUCUUCGUUUGCGUAUCGAAUCGCUUCCAUCCGGAAUCUUGGGCGGAUGAUGCGACUUCCAAACAGCGGCUUUCCGAAUGAGGAAAACGUCAAUAGAAUCGAGUCGCUACUAUCCAACUGGAGGAUGCACUUGCCGCCGUCGAAGCGAGACUGUUUGAACAAGGACUGCCAGCUAGAUGAGAUGAUGUUUCAGGCACAUAUGAUCAAUCACGCAUGCUCGAUAAUUCUUCAUCAACCCCUCUCACAACUCGACUCGUCACCUGCGCGGGAGGUGACAGCUUGUGCGCCUCAUCGAGCGGUACAAAGCGGCGAUCGCUUCAACCUACACACCAAACACAUCAUUACGGCGGCCUGUGAGAUUAGUAAGAUGGUGACAUAUAACGUGCCGAUAACAAGCCACACGCACUUCUUCACAUGCGUGCUGACACUAUCCUCAAUCGUCCAUCUUAGCAAGUGGGCCCUCGAGUACUUUAUCCACGACGAGGACGACCUCCGGCAGCAGAUCCGAUUGAACAUUGGGGCUCUUAAUAAGCUUAGCGGCGUCUGGAAAGCGGCCAACAACGCUUCGGGCCAGGUCAAGGGUGUUGCGCAAGAGAUCUAUCGCGCCAAGAGAGCGCAACAGAGCAACCCGUCGUUCUGGGUCGGGUUCACGCAGGAGGAGAUUAUCAGCAGUAUGGCAGCCGAUGAGGGUAUAAUGUCCGAGAUCGACACCAUGCUUACCAGCAGUGCACCCUGA